AUGGCAGUACCGGUCGGCGAUCCAACGGAUGCACUCCGCCAUCACGAAGACGAAAACCCCAUCGUCUUUCUCGAUGUCAGCUUCGGACAAAGAGAGAUCGGGCGCAUAACUCUUGAACUUUUCGCUGAUGUCUGUCCGCGUACGGCAGAAAACUUCCGCCAAUUCUGCACCGGAGAGUACCGCAAGGACAACAAACCUAUUGGAUACAAGGGGGCCACAUUCCAUCGAAUCAUCAAAGAUUUCAUGGUUCAGGGUGGUGACUUCUUGAACAAGGAUGGCACCGGGUGUACGUCCAUCUACGGUGAAGCGCCUUUUGCAGACGAGUCUUUAGGGGCAUUGCGACAUUCAGGACCUGGCGUCUUGGCUAUGGCAAAUACAGGGCCCAACACAAACGGAAGUCAGUUUUACAUUACUUGCACAAAGUGCGACUUCCUCGAUGGAAAGCAUGUGGUGUUCGGCAAAGUUAUAAACCAAGAGUCCCUCCUGGUUGUAAGAAAGCUUGAGGGUAUCCCAGUUGGGCAGAACAAUCGCCCGACGGUGGAAUGUACUAUCACGGAAUGCGGAGAAAUGUGA